CUUUAUCCCUCGCCUUUCGCCGUUUCCCCCACCACAAACAUGGAGCUCCGGGCGAGGUGUUUGUUUCUUCUAUCAUGUCUUGGCGUGAUAUCGGCGAUCGAUUUGGAGGCGAUUGAUCCGGGCUACUACGAGGAUCCCGUUGCCACACAAGAGCCGAUCGACUACAAGGAUCCCUGCAAAGCUGCCGCCUAUCUGGGUGACAUCGCUCUGGACGAGGAGGACCUGCGGUCGUUUAAAGUGGACAGGAUUAUAGAUUUGGCUCAGAGAACUGUCCGGACUGUCAAUCACACCGAUGCAGGAUCAACCAAUCAGACCAGUCCGAACAGGCUGGCUUCACUUCGCAGGAAACGAGCCGCCACCUCCAGACCUGAGCGCGUUUGGCCUGAAGGCGUCAUUCCCUACGUCAUCAGUGGGAACUUCAGUGGCAGCCAGCGGGCGAUAUUCCGCCAAGCCAUGCGCCACUGGGAGAAGCACACCUGCGUGACCUUUAUUGAGAGGACACAGGAGGAAAGCUAUAUUGUCUUCACCUAUCGGCCGUGCGGGUGCUGCUCCUAUGUGGGUCGUCGAGGCGGGGGCCCCCAGGCCAUAUCCAUCGGCAAAAACUGUGACAAGUUUGGCAUUGUGGUGCACGAGCUGGGCCACGUGAUCGGCUUCUGGCACGAGCACACGCGGCCCGACCGGGACGAGCACGUCAGCAUAAUCAGGGACAACAUCCAGCCAGGACAGGAGUAUAACUUCCUGAAGAUGGAGCCGGGGGAGGUGGACUCUCUGGGAGAAGUCUAUGACUUCGACAGUAUCAUGCACUAUGCCAGGAACACGUUCUCCAGGGGCAUCUUUCUGGACACCAUCCUGCCACGCUACGAUGUGAACGGCGUGCGACCACCCAUUGGCCAGAGAACCAGGCUUAGCAAAGGGGAUAUUGCUCAGGCACGCAAACUCUACAAAUGCUCCAGAUGUGGGGACAGUCUGCAGGACAGCAACGGGAACUUCUCCUCCCCUGGCUUCCCCAAUGGGUACUCGGCGUACAUGCACUGCAUCUGGAGGAUAUCAGUCACACCGGGGGAAAAGAUCAUUUUGAACUUCACCUCCAUGGACCUGUACAGGAGCCACCUGUGUUGGUACGAUCAUGUGGAGAUCCGAGAUGGGUACUGGAGGAAGGCACCGCUCAAAGGUCGGUUUUGUGGCGAUAAACUGCCUGAACCCAUCAUCUCCACCGACAGCCGCCUGUGGAUUGAGUUCCGCAGCAGCAGCAACUGGGUGGGAAAAGGCUUCUCCGCCGUGUAUGAGGCCAUCUGUGGCGGGGAGGUGAAGAAGGACAAUGGCCAGAUCCAGUCCCCGAACUAUCCCGAUGACUAUCGGCCCAACAAAGUGUGUGUGUGGAAGAUCUCUGUUACUCAGGGCUUCCACGUUGGCCUCACCUUCCAGUCUUUCGAGAUUGAAAGGCACGACAGCUGUGCUUAUGACUACCUUGAGGUGCGUGAUGGGAAUUCAGAGAACAGCCGCCUCUUGGGCCGCUUCUGCGGCUACGACAAGCCGGACGACAUCAAAACCACCUCCAACCAUCUGUGGAUGAAAUUCGUCUCAGAUGGGUCCGUCAACAAGGCGGGCUUUGCUGCUAACUUCUUCAAAGAGAUGGAUGAGUGCUCCAAGCCGGACAACGGUCGCUGUGAGCAACGCUGUGUCAACACACUAGGCAGCUACAAGUGUGAAUGUGACCCAGGCUAUGAGCUGGCUGCAGACAAGCGCAGCUGUGAGGCUGCCUGUGGAGGCUUCAUCACCAAGCUGAAUGGCUCCAUCACCAGUCCAGGCUGGCCCAGAGAGUAUCCCCCAAACAAGAACUGCAUCUGGCAGCUGGUCGCUCCCACGCAGUACCGCAUCACCCUGCUUUUCGAUGUCUUUGAGACCGAGGGCAAUGACGUGUGUAAGUACGACUACGUGGAGGUUCGCAGCGGACUUUCGGCCGACUCGAGGCUGCACGGGAAGUUCUGCGGGGCGGAGAAACCAGAAGCCAUCACUUCUCAGUACAACAACAUGCGCAUCGAGUUCAAAUCCGACAACACCGUGUCCAAAAAGGGCUUCAAAGCGCAGUUCUUCUCAGACAAAGACGAGUGCUCGAAGGAGAACGGCGGCUGUCAGCACGAGUGUGUCAACACCUUCGGGAGCUACAGCUGCCAGUGCAGGAGUGGCUUUGUGCUGCACGAGAACAAACACGACUGUAAAGAAGCGGGUUGCGAUCACACAGUGAACAGUGUGAGUGGUGUCAUUACCAGCCCCAACUGGCCAGAUAAGUACCCCAGCAAGAAGGCGUGCACCUGGGCGCUCACCACCACUCCAGGCCAUCGUAUCAAAAUCGCCUUUAAUGAGAUCGACAUGGAGGCCCACCUGGAGUGUGCUUACGACCACAUUGAGAUUUACGACGGCCGAGAUGGAAAAUCGCCGACCCUGGGUCGCUUCUGCGGCACCAAGAAACCUCCGCCCAUCACAUCCAGCGGCAACAAGCUUUUCAUCCGCUUCUUCUCUGACAACUCGGUGCAGAAGAAAGGCUUUGAGGCAUCUCAUACUGCAGAGUGCGGAGGUCGUCUCAAGGCUGAAGUCAAAACCAAGGACCUCUUCUCCCACGCCCAGUUCGGCGACAAUAACUACCCCGGGGCGUCCGACUGCCAGUGGGUGAUUUCGGCCGAGAAAGGCUACGGCGUGGAGCUCAUCUUCCAGACCUUUGAGAUCGAGGAGGAGGCGGACUGCGGCUACGACUACAUGGAGCUCUUCGACGGCGCUGACACCAAGUCUCCGCGGCUGGGACGCUACUGCGGUUCGGGGCCUCCGGAGGAGAUCUACUCGGCCGGUGACUCCAUUGUGAUCAAGUUCCGCUCUGACGACACAAUCAACAAGAAAGGAUUUCACGUCCGCUACACCAGCACCAAGUUUCAGGACACACUGCACUCACGCAAGUGACCAGCGGGGGCCGGAAGGGGCCGCGCGGGGCUCAGGGGCAAACGGAGGGGCCCCCAGUUGAGGCGCCAGCCUGACGCUCGGAAACCUUCGGCCACCAAGAUGAAUCAGACACGACAGAACAGCCGCAAGACCACCAACCGCACCUCAGCUCCCAGGGGCUCUAGCUCCCCCCACAGACUGUGAGGAGUAAAGCCAUUCUGCAGUACACCUUGUUUUUACCUUUUUAUGGUUAGGAUUGGGGUGGGAGGGUGAAUGUUCGCUUCACGCGGACAGUAGGGGAAAAUUUAUUGACCCAGUCCCCUCCAGGUUCGUUUUUUUUUUUUUUUUUUAACACGCCUUGUAAAAAUGAGGCACAAAGGAAAACAGCGGAUUCUCAGGACCUGUAGGAAGGCAGGCAUCAGCUGGACAGAUCCCUGCUUUUGUCAGGCCGGCCAACUACAUCCAGGAAGAGGAGAGGCUAGAGGAAGAGGAGGAAGAGGAGGAGGAGGAAGAGUAGGGGAACAUCUUCUGCGCUCCUCGGUCGCUCUCCUCUCCUCGCGCUCUCGUCCUUUUGGCUCCAGGAUUCCUAUCUGUAAGAGGACUGAAAGGACAUGACUUGAGAUUUUGAUACUGUAUGUCAGUCAGUUGCAUGUAAUUACAAGGAAAGAAGGAAAACUGUACAGUGGCAACACCAGCAUUUGUAAUCGGCAUUGUCCUGGCAACCAGUGGAAAAAAUCCUCACUGUUACCAUUAACAAGGAAAUUAAGGAAGCAGAUAUCUUAUUAAAGGACUAAUAAAUGAAAUGUGGUCCAUGUCUUCUGGUUGGUAAUUGCUCGCCCGACGACUGGCUAUUCCUGUACCUCCAUGUAUAAAGUGAUGUGUUUGAUCUUUGAAAGGGAACAUGUGCUUUUUUUCAGCUCGAAGCCGUUAGCACUUUAACAGUGAAUUGUUCCAAAAUCAUGAGCUUUUUGAAUCUUUGUGAAAUGCAAUGCCAGUUCACUUCUUUUUAAAUGCAUUUUAUCUCUCUUACUCAUCUGUUCUGUUUUUUUUUUGUUUGUUUUUUUUUUCCAUUUUGUUUUUUUUUUUAAUUGCUCCAUUUAGUUCCUCAGGCAUACUUGAACAUUGUGUGUGCCCUCUGACAUGGGGUAAUAAAGGUAUGACUUAUGUUUCAGUGUUGAUUUACAGUUCUGAUGUAAAAUAAUAACUCUCCAGAGAAAAUGCCUUUUCUUGGUACAAUGAAGUAUUUCUCAAGAACCAAAUGAGCCUGGGUAUUUAUUGUUAUAGUGAUUACAUAAAUAAUGUAACGGUGGAAAGGUACUGUUGAAAUUAGCCCUAUAAUUGCCUUCUAAAUGUAUAGCCACUGGUCGAUGUUGAAUAUACUUUGUUGCUCACUGAUUCCCUCUCUCCAUUUAUUUGUCAUUCAGCAACAUGUUGUGUGGACUUGCUGCAGUUUGACAGAUUUUUAAUGAUGCUUGACUUUUAUUCGCGGGACUAAUUUGGAUCUGUAUCCCUCAUUUGUGCCAUUAGCAUGUGAGAAGGAUUGACCAAAACUGAGAAUUUCAAAUGGAAACCCUUUGUUUUUAAGUAAAGGUUUUCUGAGGAAGGCAGAAAAACAUCUCCUAUUUAUAUUAUCUGAUUUAACAUUCAUACAAAAAAACUACAAUCCAAAAAAGCAUUUCCUUUCCCACUUUGCUAAACAUUCCUCUACAUGCAGCCUCACUCUCUCCUCAAUAACUAUUCCAUUACUAUUCUGCUGUCCAUUUUCACAAAAACAAAAAGAAGAGGAGCAGUGUUGCACAAAAAAAAAAAAAAAAAACCCUGCCAGAAGUGGCUGAAGCUGUGGCCUUCCCUGUUCUUA